AUGGCGACGAACCUAAAGGGUACCAUUAUCGUGACCGGCGCAAAUGGCCACCUCGGUAGCUCCAUUGUUCGGCACAUCAUCUCGUCACCCGAGCUCCAAGCCUACCAUUCAAUCUUCGUAGUCCGAGACAGAUCCGCAUCGAACAGUAAACUCACGUCCGCAUUGAAGGGAGCGGGAGAGAAGGUCUCCUACGAGGUCGUUUCAAUGAACCUGGCGAGCCUUGCAAAUGUCCGCCAAGUAGCCACGAAUAUCAACGGGCGCAUUUCUGCUGGAAGUAUCCCCCAGAUCCGUGCGCUAGUCCUCAACGCUGCAUUCGUCGAGUUCGAGACUCAGACAUGGGCCGAAGAGAAUGGUUUUGACAUGGCAUUUGUGGCAAGCUAUCUGGGCCACUGGCUGUUGACAGUGAUGUUGCUGCAGAGUAUGGACCUUGCAAGUGGACGGAUAACAAUUGUCGGGAGUGAUUCGCACAACCCGGAUGACUGGCUGACUGGUGCCAUUGGAACGUACAAACACCCGGACGACAAAUGGAGACCGUUCAUCACCGGCGAGAAUAUUGACCAGAUCGCCUUUGGGACUUGGAGUACUAAGGCGGACGAUCCCAGCACACGCAAUGGCCUGCGUCGCUAUGGGGCAGCCAAAUUUUGCCUGGUUACGAUGAUAAGUGAGCUGCAACGACGUCUAGAUUUGGAUCCCCUACUUCAUCGAAUUACCACGGUCGGAGUUGACCCCGGCUCAAUGGCCAGUCCUGCGGGUGUUGCCCGCCGCACCGACUGGUUCGCGCGCAACAUUGUGCACGGCAUUCUCAUGCCUAUGAUGGGGUAUAUCCUGAUGUGGCUGUAUCCUGAGUCCAACGGGAAGAUGCGCACCACCUCCCGGUCCGCUCGUGACGUCAUGCGCGGUGCAAUGGACGUUUCGGUGGCUAAGGGGGCGUACUUUGAUGGCACAGCGCUGGCAGAAACGGCCGAGGAGGCCAAGGAUGUAAGGAAAAGAGAGAUGAUCUGGCGCGAUAGUGUGCGCUAUACACAGCUAAAAGAGGGUGAGACAAUGCUUCAGCAUUGGAAAUAA